AUGAGCAACAUCGUAGUAGCGUUCGAUCUCUACGGCACGCUCCUGUCGACCGAGAGCAUCGCCAAAGAAUUGGCUUCACACUUUGGACAGGAGAAAGCCGCCUCCAUCGCUGCGGUAUGGAGGAAGUAUCAACUGGAAUAUACGUGGAGGUUGAACAGCAUGAAACAAUAUCAGGAUUUCUCAGACGUGACUCGGAAAUCUCUCCGGCAUGCCCUGGCUGAGCACGGGUUGCGCCUUGACAGUGCACAGAGUGACAAGCUUAUGGAAGCAUACGACUCCCUGUCGACUUUUCCAGACGUCAACCCAGCAUUGAAACGCUUGGAGAAUAACCCAAACAUCAAAUGCGUUGUAUUCUCCAACGGGACCAAGGCCAUGGUCUCCAGCUCCGUCAACAAGUCUAACGAUCUCAAUUCUUCAGUCUUCAAGGACCUUGUGACUGUGGAUGCAAUCAGGGUAUUCAAACCCGCCCCCGAGGUUUAUAACUACCUGGCGCAGCAGGUCAACAAAGUGGGCGAAGAAGAUAAGUUGUGGCUGGUCUCAGGAAACCCUUUUGAUGUUGUGGGUGCUCGCUCUGUUGGGAUGCAGGCUGCAUGGGUUGAUCGUCCAGGAAAUGGAUGGCAGGACAGUCUUGCUCUUGGCCCUACAGUAGUGGUGAGAAGUCUGGAGGAGGUCGCAGAUGUUGUCGAGAAGCAUGCCGCUGGCUCCAAAUAG